UAGCCGUCCAACCUCGAUUUCAAUUCGCAUUCUGUUUUCAUCUAUUUUUUGUAAUAUUCGUGUAUUAUUGAAUUGAAUUUGUUUAUUCUGCGUUUCUGGUGAAAUUAUAUAUAAUUAUUCGAUUGUGCAGACAAUCGAAAACGAUGAUAUUCUGCUGUCUGUGCUACCUUCGCUCUGGGUCAAGAAAAACGGAUGGAAAACGGAGGCGAUGGGAAGAUGCUACGAUUUAUGUUAUUGGCCACAAGGUGUUUCUGGUUACCGGCUCUUGGAGAAGGCAAAAAAGGAUCCAAAAAUACCGGUAGACACUAAAGUGCUGAGCGCCUACCGUUGCAAAAUCAAGCGGAAUAACUUUGCUAGUUUCAAUGAGGCUGUUCGUGAGCGGAAACGGAUGGAAAGUUACUCCGACACAGAUGAAUCGGAACCACGUAAAAAGAUAGGGAAAUCUACAGCUGCGGAGCUCUUUAAGCAAAUCGAAUCUCAACCAGGCCCUUCCUCAGCACAAUCAUCAAAUUUCGGAGACCGCCAAGAAGACAAUGAGAAAGAAGUUUCUGCUGACGAGUCAUAUCUGAACAUUUUUCCGAAACGCGAAGUUUACGCUGAGCCAUUGAAGGAAAUUUCAACGUCAUCACAUUCACAGCAGGGUGGAGCAACUUUUCAUGGCACCGAUUCGACAAUAAACGAACCAAAUUUGCAUCAGCUUGUGUUAUCAUUGCACAAUAAAACGGACGAAAAUGCCAAGCAGAUUGAGAGCAUCAAGCAAAGUCAAAACAGGUACGCAGCAUUGCUUUCACAAAUGAACGCCAAACUUGAUAUAAUUGCCACCCAAAAAACACGACAAGAGGUACCUGUUCAACCGGAAAGUUUCGAUACAAAAGCCAAUCCUUUGACCCCUAUUAAAAGAUUGGCUGACAUGGAAUCUCUCGAAAACGGUCGGAUAAUGGAAGUUUCAUACAGUCCCUCGUACAGCAUAUUGGUUCAAUUCAUGGCAAGCAACGAUUUGUUGGUGAUGGUGCCACAGUGCAGUGCGAGCAGUUUCUUCAUCGGUGCCUGCGAAAUGCAAAACAACGCUUUGAAGAAAUAA